AUUAGAUUCGGUAUUGUAUUCUUUGAGAUUAUGAUCCGACGGCCAAGAAUGGGUGAGGGGUUGCAACACCCUUGAUUCAAUACCAAAACCAGUACGUCUGCAAAGCAGAAACCUGAAAACCUCCUUCCAUUAUCCCCUCUCCUCUCCUCUCUUCUCUGAUCUUCAAAAUUUUGUUUUCUCCGCUUUCUUCCUUCUCAUCUCCGCCUGCAACAGGUGUCGGGACCGUACAGAUAUGGAAGUGAUGGUUAACCAUGAUUUGCUAACGUGCGCCGCUCACUCUCGCCCUUGUCUCCUUAGCUCAUUUUUCGCGGUCAACGCUCGCCCCCUUUACUCGCUUCAAGACCUAAUGAGGUCGACAAGGGAAGCCAAGGGGAAAGGAGAUCAUAGCAUGAACAGCCAGUCCAAAGUGGUUGACGCGGAGGGAGAGGAUGGCGAUGAGAAUGGGAGUGGUGAAUUUGCCGAUGGUGAGGGUGAAUUCUCCGAUGGAGAAGCUCAGGUGAACAAUGAGAACGGAAAGAGCAGCCCGGGUGGGGAGGGAGGCGAGAGCGGGGAGAAUGGAGAAGAGGAAGAUGGGGAUGAUGGUGAAGGCGAAGGACACAACAACGACGAUGGUGACAAUGAAGAUGAUGAAGAUAAUGAUGAUGAGGACGAGGGCGAAGACGGGGAGGAGGAAGCUGUGGAACAGGAGCACGAGGAUGAGGAGGAGAACGAGGACGAAGAUGAUGAAGACGAAGAGGAGGCUCUCCAGCCCCCAAAGAAGAGAAAGAAGUGAAGUGAAGUAGCAGCAUGACUAAUUCUCAAGGCUUUAAGCUCAUAAUGUGACAACUAUGAAAGAUGUUUGUGUUUAGAUUUUUCAUUUGAAGAGUGUGUUUAGAGAACCUCUGAGGCUUAAAUUGGCUUUUAAGCCAAUUGAGCAAACAAUCAUCUCACUUUUAAUCACUCCUAUAAAGCACUACUACUUGUUCAAUACUUCAA